UUGGCAGACUCCAUUCCUCAUACAAACAUUUACACAAGUUUCAGUCAUUCAGUAUUUCACAGCCUGCACACCUUAAAUCAAGACCUCUCAGAUUUAAGCUGGUAUGCAAACCAUUGUGCUGUUGGUGUUGUGGGUACUGGGAACAUCACUGGUGUUGGCAGACCCUGACACAGCUGGGGAGAAAGUAGCUGAAGAGCCUAUUCCAUGUUCAAAGGUAUGCACCUGCUUUCAUGAUGACUACAGCUUGGAGCUCAACAUGUACUGCAGUGCUCGGAACUUCACGCAAGUCCCAUCUGACAUGCCACCGUCUACUCACUCUAUCUGGCUGGAUGGCAACUUGUUCACCUCACUCCCAGCGUCAUCUUUCAAGGAUCUUACUAACCUGGACUUUUUAAAUCUGCAGAGUGGUCAGCUGGUGACACUUGACCCUCAGGCUUUCAAAGGACUUAGGUCGCUAGCACACAUUCACCUUGAGCGGAAUCGUAUCCGGAUGUUACCAGGUACAAUAUUCCAGAAUACACCUAACCUUGCUUCACUUAGUCUGCAUAACAACCAACUCACACGUAUUGAGGAAAGCCUGUUUGCAGGACUCUCACACAUGUGGCUUCUCAACCUAGGAAGGAACUCAAUUGCAGUUUUACCGGAGACAGCUUUCCAAGACCUGCACGGUCUACGGGAACUUGUUCUUGCAGGGAACAGACUUGCUUACUUGCAGCCACAGCUUUUCCAAAAUCUCGUUGAGCUUAAAGAGUUGGAUCUGACUGGAAAUUAUCUCAAGGUCAUCAAGGCUAAUGUGUUUGUUAAACUUACUAAACUGCAAAAGCUUUACCUGGCCCAGAAUCAAAUUGUGACAGUGGUACCCAGAGCCUUUGUAGGAAUGAAGUCGCUAAGAUGGCUGGAUCUCACCAACAACAGACUGACCUCUCUCCAUGACGAGACUUUCUUGGGCCUGCUCAGUCUUCAUGUUCUGCGUCUUUCCAACAACUCUAUCACUGGAAUUCGGCCCAGGACUUUCCGUGAUCUUCAGUACUUAGAAGAGCUAAGACUCAGCUACAACAGGAUUCGGGCUCUGGGAGAACGGAUCUUUGAAGGGCUUGGUCAUCUGGAGGUCCUCGAGUUAGAGCACAAUCAAGUGCAGGAGGCACAAGUGGGUAGUUUCACAGGGCUCUCUCAUGUGGCUGUCAUCAACCUGUCUGGUAGCUGCUUCCACAGUCUGCCAGACCAAGUGUUCAAAGGUCUGUCAAAGCUUCACAGCCUUCAUCUGGAUAGAGGCUGCCUAACAAGGAUCACAACUCAAGCUUUCAAUGGACUCUCAGGUCUGCGUAGGCUUUUCUUGCAACACAAUAAUAUCUCAGUGGUGGAACGCCAGAGUUUUGUGGACUUGGUAGGCCUACUGGGACUGGACUUGAGUUUCAACAAGUUGGAGGUUCUGACAACCCAUACAUUCUCUGGUCUAAAGAAUAUGGAGUACUUGCUGUUGUCCAACAAUGAAUGUCGACAAUUUUUGCAGAAUGGCACAAAGCAGCUACUCCCAAGGCUGCGCUAUCUGGAUCUGAGAGCUAAUGCUUUGACAAGCAUGGUCCCUGAUUUCCCUGAGAAUAUGGAAAAACUUUUGCUAUCUGGGAACCGGUGGAAAUGCGACUGCAGUGCCCUCCCACUCAGAAACUACAGCUUGAGGAAUCCAUUGGUGAUACCUCGGCAAGUGGAGACCCACGCAGAGGGUGAAGAGCCUGACACAACAAUCACCAUAUACAACAACAUUACAUGCAACAGCCCACCAUAUCUAGCUGGUCAGGACCUGCGGGAUAUUGACAGUGAACUAUUCCAAAGCUGCUAGACAAACAUGCACAGAUGUGUUUAGGGAGUUGGUUUGGGGUUGAUAUUUUAAACAAUCCAAAUUCAUUCAGUUUCUGAUUCCAAGAUUUAAAUUGUAAUGUAAAUUGAAUGAUUACAAUACAUGAUUCAGGUUCUUUAUUCACAUUUACUAUUUACAGACAAAUUGAUCUAUAACCUUUAAAUAAAAUGUUUCAAUAAGUAUUUGAGGGACUUUCUCAGUAUGUAAUACAGUAUGAUAAUAGUGAAUAUCAUUGUGGAAAAAUGCAACUACAGCUGCUACAGCUGAUACUUUGGUUUACUGACUAUGGAGAAUGAGAUAGAUUGUGUUUUACCACUUUGGGAUCAGGUUACUAGGUGAUGUUACUUGAAACAUGGAAACAUGUUUUAAUGAGAGAUAUCUUUAAAUGUGAUGCAUUUGGAUGUAUUUUUUAAAAUAUUUAAAUAUAUUUUGAAGGUUAUUGAUCCUCCAUUAACCACUUGGACAUUCCUUCAUGCCCUUGAACACAGAAAUAAAUUACAUUUCUACUUCUAUUUCUACUUCUUCUCAAUAAAAAUGGGAAUACACGGCCAGAAACAACUGAAAAACCAUGGCUUGUACUAAACAUUAUGCAAAUCUAAGAACCACAAAACUGAAAUGUUCAUUUCACAAAAUUGUAAGUUUAAACCAUUAGGCUUCAAGUCACAAUUUAGUUAAUCAUUUAUGUGACUGGGCUGGUUGAAUAAACGUUUGGCAGAAAUGACUGGCAAAUAGCCUAUCUGCACAGCUCAGACACUAAAAUGUCUUCAAGUAUGUUGAAGUGUGUAUUAUUUGGUGUAGUAAAAAUCCAAGUUAUUACUUUAAAAACAAAACACUGUUGGGAAAUUGCCUUAAUAAAAGCAAUAAACGUU